GUUUCCAUGGGGUUAAUGUCAGCUACGAUGUUUAUGUCAUCUUUUGCAGUGCAGUGACCAAAUUUCUCCGUUCAUCUGAUACGCUUUUAGAAAUACAAAACGCCACACACAAUGUCUCGGGCUCAGGCGGAGAGUGUGAUUAAAAACAUCAUUAGAGAAAUAGCCCAGGAAUGUGCCAGCAAAGGACAAGCAGUCUCCGAGACGCUGGUAGCCUUCAUGGUUAAAGCUGUUGUGUUGGAUCCUGCUAAUGAAUUCAAUGUUGACAGGACACUUACUAAAGAUGACGUCCAAAAGCUAAUAAAGAUUUGUGUGGAUCACUUGUUGGAUACAAGAUCACCAGCUCUGGAUACGGUGAAAAUGCAGGUUUAUUUUGAUAUGAACUACACCAGUAGAGCGGACUUCUUGGAUGAACACCGACGUGUUUUGGAGCAACGUCUUACACCAGUAAUUCGUGAGAUAACGGAUAGCCGAGCCCGCACUAGGGAGGAACUUGAAAGUCUCUACAGGAAGAUUGUGUCCGCAGUGUUGCUCCGCUCAGGUCUUGGCUCACCCACAGAUAUUGCUGUGGUUCGUGAGGCAACAGCUGCCCUACAGAGUGUGUUUCCACAGACGGAGCUUGGUACCUUUAUGUCUCUAGUCAAGAGAGACAAAGAGAGACAACUCGUUGAACUGACGCAGAUCGUCACCGGUAUCCGCCUCUUUAAUAAAGAAUGUGGGAAAGGAGGAGAAGGCAUUGAUGAUUUGCCUGCCAUUUUGAAUGAGGCGGUUCCAGCCACUACUCAGAAUGUAGAUACAGCCAUUCAGCGAUCUUGUGAUGUUGCUUUCAAGUAUACAGCAUUGAUUGAGAGGAUUAUGGCAGGGGAGGUAACAGAAGGACCGUCCGUCAAAGCACUGAAAGAGUCUCUUAUAAACAUUCGACAACAUGAGUCAUUUCUUAGGAUCAUUCUUAAUGAUGUGAUAAGCUGUGCUCAACAGGUAGAGAUGUUAGAAGCCCAACUUGGAUCCAGACUUGAACAGCUACAGGCAACUGUACAGUCUAAGACUGCCGUCCCUACAGCACAAGUCUAUCCUCAGUUCAUCAAUCUUGCUCAUAUCUGGAGUGGUUUUCAAGAUGAGAUGGUUCUACUGAGUGUUCUCAGUAACAUUCUGGCCAGCUUGGAACCUUUCACAAAGGGACAUAAGGAUGUAUUUACAGCCGAGAUGAUGGUCCCUUUUCUUGAGGGAUUACACGUCAGAUCAGAUGAAGAGAGAAUUAGAGAGACUACAGGGGAUGAACACCGUGUACAACCUUCUGAUUUUAAGCGCGUAGAAUGGUUAUUCCCAGAAACUACAAAGAACUUUGAAAGACUUCCUCUUCAAUAUCGGGGUUACUGCGGCUGGGCAUUGGUUCGUUUUGAUCGUUUGCUGUUACCUGGUAAUCCAGAUAUCGGAGUACUACGCUAUAAUGAUCGCUACUAUGUCUUCUCAUCAAAGGAAGCAGCUUAUGAGUUUGCUAGUGAUCCCAACAGGUAUAUCCAACAUGUAGCAGAGUGUGCUAAGAUAUCUCCUGAACUAAUCCAGUUACUGGAGCUUCACGCUCAGUUUGCUACUAUUACACCCUACACUCAGGGCAAGGACCAAGGUCAGAUGAUAGAGAAGCCAAUAACUAAAUGUGAUAUGGGAGUGCAGACUGAAGUUCACCCAAUAGAGUCUAACAUCGUUAAGUCAUAUGAGUGGAAUGAAUGGGAGCUAAGAAGAAAAGCCAUCAAACUGACCAACCUGCGUAACAAGGUGACUCACUCCAUGCAGACCAACUUGAGUAAUCUCAGACGAGAUAAUGUCACUCAAGUCUACCUGCCCAAGGAUACUGCAAGUCAAACUAAGACGGAUAGUUUCAGCAACGUUCCCAAGCCCCAGACAUUCCUGGCUGGACUGCGAGGUGGUCAAACUAAAACCACAGUCAUGACCAAAGUAGACCUAACACUGGAUGUAGACCAAACAUAAACCAGUUAUGCAAAUGAAAAUU